CUUCCUGCGGGCGCCCGGGAGCUCUGCGACUCUGGUGUACCCGGAGUCCCAAGGAGGACUUGAGUCCCAUACCCCUGGAAUUUGCACCAUCCUGCACCACCGCACCCGAAGCCCUGCGCUUGCAGCCCCCUGAGGAUCUGGAGUCCCGCGUCCCCUCGGCAGUGGCGGAAGCCUCCACAGUCCAGGCUGCCUGACUGGGUGGAGAGCCUCGCCUUCCUCCGCUCCGCCCGCGCCAUGGCUGCCCCCGACCUGUCCACCAACCUCCAGGAAGAAGCCACCUGCGCCAUCUGCCUAGACUAUUUUACGGACCCGGUGAUGACCGACUGCGGACACAACUUCUGUCGCGAAUGCAUCCGGCGCUGCUGGGGCCAGCCUGAGGGCCCUUAUGCGUGCCCUGAGUGUCGCGAGCUGUCCCCGCAGAGGAACCUGAGACCCAACCGUCCGCUCGCCAAGAUGGCUGAGAUGGCUCGGCGCCUGCACCCGCCAUCGCCAGUCCCUCAGGGCGUGUGCGCAGCGCACCGCGAGCCACUGGCUUCCUUUUGCGGCGACGAGCUGCGCCUGCUGUGUGCCUCCUGCGAGCGCUCGGGGGAGCACUGGGCGCACCGUGUACGCCCGCUGCAGGACGCGGCUGACGACCUCAAGGGGAGGCUGGAGAAGUCACUGGAGCACCUGCGGAAACAAAUGGAGGAUGCACUGCUGUUCCAAGCCCAGGCUGAGGAGACCUGUGCCUUGUGGCAGAAGAUGGUAGAGAGUCAGAGGCAGAAUGUGCUGGGUGAGUUCGAGCGACUGCGUCGUCUGCUGGCCGAGGAAGAGCAGAAGCUGCUGCAGAAGCUAGAGGAGGAAGAGCUAGAGGUGCUGCCCCGGCUGCGUGAGAGUGCCACAAGACUUGGCCAGCAGAGCGCCCAACUAGCUGCACUCAUUGCUGAACUUGAAGGCCGCUGCCAACUGCCAGCGCUGGGGCUGCUGCAGGACAUUAAGGACUCCCUGCGCAGCUGGGCCAUCCCCUGCAGGGUUCAGGACGUGAAGCUGCAACCUCCAGAGGUGGUACCUAUGGAGCUGAGGACCGUGUGCAGGGUCCCAGGGCUGGUGGAGACCCUGCAGAGGUUUCGAGGGGAUGUGACCUUGGACCCAGACACUGCCAACCCUGAGCUGGUCCUGUCUGAGGACAGAAGGAGUGUGCAGCGGGGUGAGCAGCGGCAGGCCCUACCAGACAGUCCUGAGCGCUUUGACCCUGGCCCCUGCGUACUAGGCAAGGAACGCUUCACCUCGGGCCGCCAUUACUGGGAAGUAGAAGUUGGUGACCGUGCCAGCUGGGCCCUGGGUGUUUGCAGAGAGAAUGUCAACCGGAAAGAGAAGGGGGAGCUGUCAGCCGGCAAUGGGUUCUGGAUCCUGGUGUUCCUGGGGAGCUAUUACACCUCCACAGAGCCAGCCUUCUCCCCACUCCGGGACCCUCCCAGGCGUGUGGGAAUCUUUCUGGACUAUGAGGCUGGACGUCUGUCAUUCUACAGUGCAACUGAUGGGUCGCUGCUGUUCAUCUUCCCUGAGACCCCCUUCUCUGGCACACUCCGGCCCCUCUUUUCUCCUCUGUCCAGCAGCCCAACCCCUAUGACCAUAUGUAGGCCAAAAGUUGGGCCUGGGGAUGCCCUAGCUCCUUAGUGACUCACAUUGUCAGAGGAGUCUCUUUACCUUUCCUGGCCCCUUAUCCUGGCUUCUGGGUCCUUCAGCCUCAUGCCUCAUGGAGGACCUGGGAGGGGGGAGUAGUGGGAGGAACACAUAGUGCCUUUCUGAAUGUGUGUGAGAAUCCUGGAUUCUGACUCUGGGAGGCUGUACAGAGCAGGCUCUGAACUUCCCAUGGGUCCCUUCCAGGCCAGGGGUGCCAAUUAGCACCAGCAGCCUUAUCAAAGCACAGAGCCCUAGAGCCCUAGCACCUGUGUCCCAAGGUUCCAGGAAUGGCACCAGCCCCUCCAGAAACAGAACACAGGGCUGUACUAUUCCAGCAGCCUCAGGCUGCAUCCUGUUGCACACUCUCCCUCCCACCCCUGCAAAGUCCCAGGCACCUCAGCUCAGUGAAGAUGCUAGGUAAGGUAGCUAAGAGUGGGGAGCCAGCUCCAAGCCUACUUAUGGGUUUGGUCCUAUAAGUGAGAGGGCCGGUAGGAGUCAUCACCACCCUGGAUGUGGUUGGUGUAGAAUUAGGGACAGCAGUCUCUAGAGAGGAGAUGAUCUAAGGGAGCCAGUGAGAGCAAACAGAAGUAAACAACCAUAAAUAAGUGUUGUGUGCAGAGAUUACUGUUCAGCAGAUGUAUGGGGCCCGAGGUUGACAGUAGCACUCGGAAACGACACUUGUGGACACACCUUUGUUCUGAAACCCUGAGCAUGCCCCAAGCGCUUGAAAACACUUCCCUGGGAUCCAAAGUGGCUUUCUGGUGAGGGUUUGUGUGUGCGCCACCCUAAAUUGCCUGUCUCAUAGAGAGACAGCUCCAGUCACCAGGACCCAGGAGAAUGCUUUUGUGUUAGUUUGGGGAUGUUUUAUUCCUCCAUUUUAUUUAUUGAAAGGAUAGUGUUCCCACUCUAAAUAAACUUUGUCAUCUGCAGUUCUGUCUCCUGCUUAUCCUGUGGGUAAAUGAUGGGUGCCCUCACAUGCCAGGCAAUGGUGGGCUCUAGGGAGAGGAUGGUCAUAGAACAGGGGAGUGUUCAAAGUCCCAGACACCCAGCUGCUGUUCAUGUAGGACAUUUUGUUCAACGUUUGUAUCAAAUACAUGUAGCAGGCAAGGGAUUUUUUUUUCAGGUCUAGUAAACAAGACUUGGGUUUAAUUAGCACUUUUACGUGUCAUUUAACAUGUCCGCUCAUGCUUCCAUUAUACACCUUUAUUUCGAGGGGGGGAGGCUAUUCUGUGACAUUUGCACACACUGAAACAAUAGCAGUCAAUCACUAGGAGGGAGCAGUCAAUCAUGGGAAGGGGGCUACAAGCAUAAGACCCUGAGUUCAAACCCCUAGUACUACCAAAGGGGGAAAAAAAUCACUGGGAGGUUGGUGCAACCACAAGGCAUUUUUCCUCAAGCCAGGUGCUCUGGUUGUGGAGUGAGUGUGGCCAUCUUCGAACCAUAGGCAUACUGGCCAUGGCUUGCCUUCUAUUAGAGACUUAAGUCUUAUUGAUGACCCCUAGGUGAGUUGACCACUUGGGGCUUAAAGUUGACCCUGGUAGGCAGGCAUGGUGGUUCACACCUAUAAUCCCAGCUACAUAGGAAGUGGAGGUAAGAUCAAGGUCUGAGGUAAAAUUGAGAUCUUGUCUGGAAAAUAACCUAAAAGCAAAAAGGUUUUAGACUUGGCUUAUGUGAUAUACUUCCCACCUACCCAAACACAAAUACCAUUUUUUUUAAAAAUGGCCCUAGCAAACAGGCUUAGGGAGCCUUGGGUGACACCAUCGUAUGCUCACAGCUCCAGCCACAGGUGGAGGGAGACUAAAUCCAGGAAGGAAAGACUCAUAACUCCUAAAACCAAAUACCUGUAAUUCUACAAUUCUGUAAUUCCAGAUGCUCUACCACUGACUUAAUGGGUCCCUGUAGGUCACACCAGUCUAUGUAGCAUGCCGAUGAUAGAGAACACCCAGGUUCUGUCCUGGAGAUGACCACACAGUGACAGAGAUUAAACAGUUUAUAUAAGACCAUGCUACAAGACCAGGAUCAAGUCCCACACUGACAGGGGCAAGUCUCACACUAACAUUGGAGAGUCCUACAAUAAAAGCUCUGCUUUUGCUGGAUGCCAUUGGUUUUGUUACAGUAGUAUCAUUUUCAUUCAUCUCUAUACCCAUCCUGAUUUUCUGGGAUCUGUUUGACACACGGACUGUUUAGAAGUUAGUUGUUUAGUUUCCAGUGUUUGUUGAUUUCC